AUGGUUUAUGACAGCGCUCCGCCAUGGCCUCUGCAGACGCCGCAGACAUUGCACGGGACAUCCGUGCAAGCCGUUUGUGUUGAGACGCCCUGGAGAUGGAACUGUUGUGGUGCCGCUUGGCCCGAGCGACUCUCGCCUCUGGAACAAUGCGGGGUGUUUUUCGAAAGCUUACUCGAGCAGGGCUAUGGGGCACCGGUGGCUGCCGGGGAGUGCCGAAGAGCGGAGGGGUCUCCGCAGAAGACCAAAGAGCCUUCCGGGAUCGUCGAAGCAGCUUCGUCUUGGUCCGAGGGCUCCGAGGGGAUCUUCGAUCUGCUGCUCCAACCAGGACCCGAUCUUCAGCAAGCUUGCCAGGUGCUCUUCUCGGAGUACCAGUGGGGCUCCGGGGCCCGGGUCCUUGAAGUCUUGCUGCUUUAUCAAGAGGGCCUUUUUGAGUGGCUCCCGGCUUUCCGCUGGCUGCUGGCAGAAGUCCUGCCAGCCAUGUCAGCUCCCUUACAUAUACGUCAGUUCAAAGUCAGCAACACUACGAGGCCAGACCAGUUGCCGGUGUUUGCAGCAGCUUUAAUCGUCGUCGUGGCCUACCACAAGGUACACCACUUUGACUUCAGUGCAUAUGCAAGGUACGCCCGCAGCCAAGGGAGCGAAAUGCUGGGGCUUCUCCACUUAGGCCAUGAGGUGCAGUGGGAGACGGAGGGUGAGAUGGAGGACCUGGGAUCCUGGGGAACGAUCCGAGCGGAUGGGGCAAGAGCUCGGCAGAAACGGGAUCUGCUCCACUACUUUGAGGAUUAUCAGCAGUUUGAUUUCGUGCUGAGGAAUCACUUCUCACCAGCCUAUGCUGAGCGAAGCGUAUAUCUUCCAUUCGGACCUGGUUGGGGCUGGAUGAUGCAUGGAAAGCGGUGGCUACCCAAGGCCUCACUGAGGAGAAACUUCUGCCUGGCGGCCUUGUGGAGGCCUUUGGACUUCGAGUAUCACUGGGACCGUGGUAAACUCUUGGAGUUGCUGUCUUCGGAAGGCCAGGAGAGUCUCUGCAAUAGGACAGGGCAGUGGGUCACGAACUAUGAGGAGCAACUCAUGGACUCAUCGGUAUCUCUGUGUCCAUUUGGGAGCUCGCCUGAGACCAACCGACUUUGGGAAUCUCUGCUUGCUGGCGCUGUGGUUGUCAUGACCCGAGCCACCUUCGUCACAGCGAAUCUGCAAGCGCCCUUGAUCCUGCUCAACAGCUGGCAAGAGCUCCCUGCGCUGCUGCAGACGCUGCGCAGUAGUCCUGGUCUUUUAGAUCAACACCAGCAACAGCAAAGUGAGUGGUUCAACGCUUAUAUGCGGUCCAUCCGUCAGAAUCUGAGGGCCCUGAGCCAAACAACGGUGCUACCCAGCCUCAGAUCCGGAGGCUUCGAGACUGAAGACCACGCCGCAACUGUACUGCUCCCCCAGGAGGGAGGGCUUGGGGCAGCGCAGCUCACGGAGCAGGAAGCAGAGGUGAUCUCGCUUCGUCGCUCCCGGUCUUUUGGUGAGACCAGCCACCUGAGCCCCCUUCUCGCAUCGCUCGGUCCGGUCUAG